AUGGAAGUCGAUCAUAUAUUUGAUGUGAUUGGAAUGAAUAUUGCACGAUGUUUAAAUGAUUCAAAUAAUCAUCAAAUUAUUUUAACAUCAAGAGAAACACAACUAUAUAUUGAUGUUAAUACUGGUGAAAAAUUAAAUCAAUGGUCAAAUCCUUAUACAGGUAAUAUUGUAUCUGUUAUACAUGUUGCUAAUGAUCCUGUUCAAAGUACAAUGUCAACAGAUAAAUUUUCAAUAAAAGGUUAUUUAACAAGUGAAAAUCAAAUAGUAUUACCAAUUGAUGUUAAUCUAUUUUAUCCAAAUCCUUUAUUUGAAAAUGAAACAUUAAGACAUUAUUCAAAAGAAAAAUUUUAUCAAGCAGGAGAAUAUUUUAAAUUUUUUACAACAUUAAAUCAGAUAACUAAUGAAAGUUUAACACAAGUUAAUCAAAUGGAUUUAUCAUGGACAAGAAUUUCACCAAUUUUACCAUGGAUGAAUAUGUCAACACAAUACAAUGGAACAUUGGUAUUUUCAGCUCAAGGAACGAAAAUUUCUUCUUUAACUCAAAUUGAUCAAGUUUUAUUUAAUGAAAUUAUUAAACGAAUUCCAAUUUAUGAAAAUGCACCAAAUUGUCAAUUAGAUACAUCGAGUGAAACAAGUUGGACGUAUUUUAAAAAAUAUUUUUCUGAAUAUUUAUCGAAUAUACAAGAAUUUCCGAUACCAAAAUCAAAGGAAGAUAUUCCAUGUGUUCAUGAUUAA